UGGACAAGACCCUAUGGUUGCUCAAGAAGCUGGAAAGUUUGCAACUUGGCUCAUACCUGCGCUCUUUGGUUAUGCUACUUUGCAGCCGCUUGUUAGAUUUUUCCAAGCACAGAGUCUGAUUUUGCCGUUGAUUAUGAGUUCAAUUUCUGCUGUCUGUGUUCACGUUGUCCUUUGCUGGAGUUUGGUCUUUAAGUUUGGGCUUGGGAGCCUCGGUGCAGCUAUUGCUAUAGGUGUUUCUUACUGGUUAAACGUGACCGUUCUUGGAUUGUACAUGACGUUUUCUUCCAGCUGUAGCAAGAGCCGUGCUCCCAUCUCCAUGAGUUUGUUUGAAGGAAUGGGAGAGUUUUUCCGGUUUGGAAUCCCAUCUGCCUCUAUGAUUUGCCUCGAGUGGUGGUCAUUCGAGUUUUUAGUCAUGCUUUCAGGAAUUUUACCAAAUCCGAAGCUAGAAACCUCUGUUCUCUCGGUGUGUCUAUCAACAAUCUCCUCCUUGUACCAAAUACCAGAGAGUCUAGGCGCAGCAGCAAGUACAAGAGUAGCAAACGAGUUAGGAGCUGGAAACCCGAAACAAGCUCGAAUGGCGGUUUAUACAGCGAUGGUUAUUACAGGUGUAGAAUCAAUAAUGGUGAGUGCAAUAGUUUUUGCAGCAAGAAACGUAUUUGGUUACCUAUUCAGCUCUGAAAUCGAAGUUGUGGAUUAUGUAAGAUCAAUGGCUCCGCUGGUUGCUUUAUCGGUCAUAUUUACUGCCCUUCACGGGGUUCUUUCGGGUGUGGCUAGAGGAUCAGGGAGGCAAGAUAUAGGGGCUUAUGUGAACCUAGCUGCAUACUAUCUCUGUGGCAUACCAACUGCUAUCCUAUUAGCUUUUAGGUUUAAAAUGGGAGGAAGAGGACUCUGGAUUGGGAUCACAGUUGGGUCCUUUGUGCAAGCGGUUUUGCUCGGUCUUAUCGUCAUCCUCACCAACUGGAAACAACAGGCGAGAAAGGCUAGAGAAAGAGUUAUGGGUGAUGAGUUUGAAGAGCAAGAUAAUGAAGUGAUCAGCUAAACUAAUCAAAAGUUCAAUCACCAUCUUCUCCAUUAAAUGUCGUGUGUGUUUACUUGUGCUGUUGUUUUCAAGAAUAGUAAUGAGGAAUUGAAUGUUCACAUUAGUUUUGUCCUCUAGCGGUCGAGCCCCUUUACAAAAGAUUUAUACUCCCUAAUCAUAUACGAUUUGCUCCAAGUGUGAAUGGAUGGGAGCUAAGACCAUCA